GCGGCGGCGGUGAGCUGCCGGUGUCCCGGCUGAGGGGCAGCCCCUGCGAUGCCGACGUCUGCGCCAUGCUGCUCGCCUCGUACUCCGCCUGCGCGCUGCUGCUGGCCGCCUGCCUGGGGCUGGAGCUGGCCGCCUGCCGCUCCCGGCCGGGCGGCGGCGCUGGGGGCGGCGGCGGCUCCGCCGCUGCCCCGCACUCCAACCCUGCCUUCCGCCGCUUCCAGCGCCGCUACUACGGCGUCUACCUGCCGGCGCUGGCGGCCGACUGGCUGCAGGGACCCUUCCUCUACAAGCUGUACCAGCACUACCGCUUCCUGGAGGGGCAGAUCGCCAUCCUCUACGUCUGCGGCUUGGCCUCCAGCCUCCUCUUCGGGCUGGUCUCCUCCUCCCUGGUGGACGUCCUGGGCAGGAAGAAGUCCUGCGUCCUCUUCUCCCUCACCUACUCCCUCUGCUGCCUGCUGAAGCUCUCCCGGGACUACCUGGUGCUGGCGGCAGGGAGGGUGCUGGGGGGGCUGUCCACGGCUUUGCUCUUCUCUGCCUUCGAGGCCUGGUACCUCCACGAGCACCUGGAGCGCUUCGACUUCCCCCCCGAGUGGAUCUCGGUCACCUUCUCCCGGGUGGCCUUCUGGAACAACCUCAUCGCCGUGGGGGCCGGGGGGGUGGCCGAGCUCUUCGCCGAGGGCCUGGCCUUGGGCCCCGUGGCUCCCUUCAUGGUCUCCAUCCCCCUGCUGGUGCUCUCCGGGGUGCUGGCCGUGAGGAGCUGGGAGGAGAACCACGGCCAGCGGAGAGCCUUCUCCAAGAGCUGCGCCGAGGGCCUGCGCUGCCUGCUGGCCGACCGCCGCGUCCUGCUGCUGGGCUCCGUGCAGGCUCUCUUUGAGAGCAUCAUCUACAUCUUCAUCUUCCUCUGGACCCCCGUCCUGGACCCCCACGGCGCCCCCCUGGGCGUGGUCUUCUCCAGCCUGAUGGCGGCCAGCGCCCUGGGCUCCUCCCUCUACCGCCUGGCGCUCUCCAAGCGCUACCACCUGCAGCCCGUGCACCUGCUGGCCCUGGCCGUCCUGCUGCUCUUCUUCUCCCUCUUCAUGCUCACCUUCUCCACCGGCCCCGGGCAGGAGCGCCCCGCCGAGUCCUUCCUGGCCUUCCUCCUCAUCGAGCUGGCCUGCGGCCUCUACUUCCCCGCCAUGGGCUUCCUGCGCCGCAAGGUGGUGCCGGAGAGGGAGCUCCCGGGGGUCACCAACUGGUUCCGGCUGCCCCUGGGCCUGCUGGGCUGCCUGGGGCUGCUGCUGCUGCACGACAGCGAGCGCCAGGCCGGCACCCGCAGCAUCUUCGGCCUCUGCGCCGCCCUGGCGCUGCUGGCGCUGCUGGCUGCCGGCCGCCUCUUCGCCCUGGGCCGCCACGACGCCGACCUGCGGGCGCCUGGCACUGCCGCCGUGCCCAGCGAGGACCCUGAGCCCUGA